AUGGCGAGAGCCCGCGCUUUUCAUGGGACAAUCGUCCACUGCCCAACGGUCGGCGAAACCAAGAUCCUGGAAGACACCUUGGUGGUUGUUUCAGCCUCUGGGCAAAUCAGUCAUGUCGAGCACGACGUCCCCCGAGCAGAUGUCGAGAAGACCCUGUCGAGACUGAAUCUGCCAGAGCAACCCAGCGCCAUCACACUCCUCGACCGCACCGACUUCUUGAUUCCAGGUUUCGUCGACACGCACAACCACGCGCCUCAAUGGGGUCAACGAGGGCUGGGCGGCGGACUGCACAUUCUCGACUGGUUGGACGAGAUCACGUUUCCGAACGAAGCAAAGUUUCGGGACGCCGAGCACGCACGGAAAAUCUACUCUGCCUGUGUCGACGGCUUCAUCAGACAGGGAGUCACGACUUGUUCGUACUACGCAUCUCUCCAUGGCGAAGCCACCACGAUCCUGGCCGACGUCUGCCACUCCAAAGGCCAGCGGGCACUGAUAGGCAAGUGCAACAUGGACAGGAACGCGCCGGACUACUACAGGGACAAAGAUGCCGCCGAGUCUCUCCAGGUGACGAGGAACGUUAUCGACCAUGUCCGCGCGCUCGACGCGUCGAGUGGUGGUGGUGCAUUGGUCAAACCUAUCCUCACGCCGCGGUUCGCCGUGUCGUGCGACGACGAGUUGCUUGCAGGUCUCGGGUCUCUGGCCCAAGAGAACCCGGAUCUGCCGAUCCAGACGCACUUCAACGAAGCCCAACAAGAGAUAGACGCGACGUUGAGGCUGUUCCCGGACUUCACCAACGAGGCCGAUCUGUACGACCACUUCGGGUUGCUUACGGACCGCAGCAUCCUGGCGCACUGCACCAUCAUGACCGACUACGAGAUCGACAAGCUGCGGCAGAAGGAUAGCGGUGUUGCGCAUUGCCCCGUCUCCAACACGACGGUGGGAGGCGGGUUCAUGGCUGCGCCGAUUGGCAGAUUCCUCGAAAAGGGCAUCAAGGUCGGCUUGGGCACCGACAGUGGCGGAGGGUUUUCCUCGAGCAUACUUGACGCCAUGAGGCAGGCUGUCAUCGUGUCGAAUGCCAGGCAGGCCAUCAAUGGAGAGCCUGCGCUGUCCAUCUGGCAGUGCUUCUCUCUGGCUACGCUGGGCGGUGCCAGAGUGUGCAGUCUGGCCGACAAGAUUGGGAAUUUCGAGGUCGGCAAGGACUUUGAUGCUCUGGUGGUUCGGGGCGGAGUCGACGGGGUCAUGACCAUGGUCCAGGAGGACGAUAGUCUGCCGAUGAUUUUUGAAAAGUUUUUGAUAUCUGGUGAUGACCGGAACAUUGAAGAGGUUUACGUGAAGGGACGGCAGCUAAAAGGCAAGAGUACUUAG